AUGACUUCCAAACUAGAGAAGACUACAGCAAAGGCUGAAAAGGCCGCUACAGAGCUCCAGAACUUAAAGCAAAACGGGAAAAAGCUCUUCGAUAAGCAAAACUUACAAUUAGCACAAAGAAAGGCAACUUUAGAGAAACAAGGUAGGAAAAUUGCAGCCUCUACUGCAGAGGUCAACACAACAUUGCAAGACCUAGAGACCACGCAACAAGCUUCAGCUACCCUCAAGGCAACCUACAAACCCUCUUCGAAGCUGAUCGAGUCCCUGCAAAGUUAG